CACAGCACCGCUCGCCAUGCAGGGCCCCCGCUGCUGCCUCCUGCUAUUCCUCUGCCUGCUGCCACUGCCACUGCGUGCCACCGGCCUGGAAGACUCUCAGAAGCCGCUGCCACCGCCGUUCAGCACCUCUGACCCUACUGCCCAUCUGCUGCGCAGCCGCCCCUCGGCCCCGGUGCGACCCUACAGCCUCUCGCUCUCCCCCGAGGAUUACCGCUACGCUCCCAAGCCUCGCCACCUGCGGCCCGGCCGACUGCGCCGGCUGCUGGGCCCAGCCUUUGACCCCUUCUGGAUGUCGUCCGAAGAGCCGUUAGGCCGCAACCUCAGCGCCAAGGAGGAUCUGGAAACCAUGAGCCGGGAGCUGGUGGAGGGAGGCGGGCGGUACCGCCGCAAGCUGUGGAGGGAGGUGGAGGGGAUGGAGCUGCCCCCCGAGCUGCCCCCCGACAUGGCGCGGCCCCUGCGGCGCUGGCUGGUGGAGAGAGCCUCGUGCCGUCUCACCUCCACAUGGGUGGACCUGGGGCCUGUCUUCUGGCCCCGCUGGGUGCGGCACACCGCCUGCAGGACCGGCCCUCCGGCCUGCUCGUGGCCCCCAGGCAUGGCCUGUCAUCCAGCCCAGCUCGCUCACCUCAAGCUGCUGGCCUGGCACUGCUGGGCUGCCCGGCCCCCCGGCCCCCUGCACUGCGCCUGGCGGCAGAUCCCCUAUCCUGUGGUGGCGGCCUGCAAGUGCUCCUGCCGCUGAGGGGGGUGGAGAAAUAAAGGGCUGAAAGCCAAGCGGGCCUCUUAUGGGUGUUUGAUUGCGGAGAAGGAUGUGGGGUGGAUUUGGCUGCAUGUGGAUCCCAGCGGGGCUUGGUUCAAGACGGGGUGGUGCAGGUGCGAGAAUCAUAGAAUCAUUCAGAUUGGAAAGACCACUGAGAUCAUCGAGUCCAACCGUCAGCCCGUAUCUGUGACCAUACACGUCUGUGGGAGCAGAGCUGAGGUGCAACAAAGCCACGGGGAGAGGUGGGUUGAACCUCAGGGUGGUCACCGUGGUGGGUUGGAAGAGGGGUAGGCUUGGGACUGGGCUGUGGUGGCACAGUGAGGGUGGGUGGAGGUGUGAACCCAGGGCUGGAAGUGUCCAUGUGCAUCUGAGAGUGGGAUGGCGUGGUCCGAUAUCUUAAUGUACAAGAGGAGUGAUGGGGGACCUACAUCUACCCCGUAUCACUAGUGCAGAGGGUGGCAGUCAGGACAGGGGUGGAUCCACCUGGAAUGGAUCAUCCUAGGAAACAGCCUGCAGAGGCAGCACUUACC